AUCUGCUAGUUUAUAUUCGACGGGUAUAAUUUUCAUACAUUAAGUGGACAUUUUGUUUAUGCAAAAAUCUUUUGAUUUUCAGGUAUAUGUUUUUACGAUUUUUUGAGUGUGGGUUUGAUAAUUUUGAGACGAUAAACAAGCAAAAUAUGAAGGUCGUGCAGGCUGUAUUUCGCAUUUAAAGGGUGAUAAACUGAAAAGGACCCUCAUUUACAACUCCUUUUCAAAGCGGGCUUAGUGACGUAAUAGGAAAACUAUCGGAGACUAAACACGCUUGCAGGUUUUCUUUCGCACGUGGGGUGGAUGCAAAGAGGGAAUUAGUAACUUUAUACGUGAAUGAAUGCAACCAUUUAGCUUACAAUAAUCUGUUGUGUUGUUAUAGAAGUGAUUCGAGUCUUUUCUGCUACGUGUUAUCAAUUAGCCAGUGAGUUGACAGAAGGUCGAGUCAUAUCAAGCUUGCAAUAAUAUUUUGGAAGUAUCUUACACCGCAGAGAUUCUGAACCUCAUUAUGAGGAAGGUUGCUGGUUAUUGUCAGAUUAGGUCACUAUAUUUAUGCUGUUGAGAUUUUUCAUUCAAUCCAGAUUAGCAAAAUAUAGACUGUUGAUCCUGUUAUGUUUUUACUGGUCACAAUUCUGACCAUCAAAAUAAUGCUUCGACUGCAAAGCAAGCGAGGGAGAAAACCCAUCGAUGUUGCAAAGGAAAGUUGUUUGAAAAAUUUGUCCACAUCCGAUUUUUCUGUAAAACUGGUGGAUUCUGAAAUUGGCAAAGGUCUUUUCGCUGAAAAAUCAUUCUGUCAGGGCGACUUUUUGUUAGAGUAUAAAGGCAAAAGACUAGAUGAAGAUGACGGUCUAGCGACAGAGAGCAUUUUCACUUAUUUUUUUCAACACUCAUCCAAAAUAUUCUGCAUUGAUGCCCAAGAAACUGACUGUAUAUGCAAAUAUGCAAAUGAUGAUUGGAACAAUCCGAACGCAACAAUGAAGAAAAUAGUAGUGGAAGAUGUCCCUCACCUUUGCUUAUUUGCUCGUCGAGACAUCAACGUAGGAGACGAAAUCCGAUACGACUACAAUUACCCAAACGCACCUUGGCGUAAAAUAAAGUGGUCUAUCGGCCAGAGUUCUGCAGAAGAUGCAGAAAGUACAGAAGAUAUUAACAAUGUCGGUGUCGGGGAAAUAGAUUUAUUUUUGACUGAAGAAUUUGGAGAUUUGUUGGCACCGCCUAAUACAGAAAACAGCGACACCGGAAUAAACAAUAUUUUAUAUCAAAAUCAAUCAGAUAACAAUACAAACGAAGAAUUUGAAAAUGCAAUCGAUUUAUUUUUUCCUCGAGAAGUAGGAGAUAUCACAUCCGAUGGGUUGAUGCCACAUAGUAUAGGUGAUUCUCCCGCGAGAUGGCCGACCCUUCAAAACUUAGCAGACGGAAAUGCUGAAAGUGACUCCGCGGUUGCUGUGACAGGAGAUGAGUCUACAGACUAUGUCCCAGCAUCUUCAGAGUCACUUUCAAUAAGCGAUUUGAGUGAUUCUAAAGAAAACCAUACAAAUAACAAAGACGAUAACGGUUGUAAAUCGAAGCCAAAAAAGCUUUUGAAUAAAGAAAUGCAAUCCAAAAAGGAAACAAACAGAAAAAGAGAAUUCCACGGCCUUGCUUAUUCUGCGGGAAAUUUAUUGUCAAACUUAAAAGACAUUUGUCCACUAUACAUAAAGAGGAGCCGACAAUAUGCAAAAUAUUUUCGCUCCCCUUUGCAAAAAGGCAGCAAGAAUUUGAUAUAA